ACCUACAGAGGAGUGAGGAGGGUAGGACUGUGCGUGGAGGGUGGCAUCACUGCACGCAAGGCACACUCAGUCAUGGCCGGUCAUAGCUGCUGUCUCAUACACACUUUCGGCUCGGAUAUCCCUUGAACGAGGUGUGGAGUUAGUGUGAACCCGAGAAUCGGCGGAGUCGCCCGAACAUGCCCGAGCAAAGUAACGAUUAUCGAGUGGUCGUGUUCGGCGCGGGAGGAGUGGGCAAAAGCUCACUGGUCCUCAGGUUCGUCAAGGGAACGUUCCGGGAGUCCUACAUUCCCACCAUCGAAGACACCUACAGACAGGUGAUCAGCUGCAACAAAAACAUAUGUACACUCCAGAUAACGGAUACUACAGGGUCUCAUCAGUUCCCAGCCAUGCAGAGGUUGUCUAUAUCCAAGGGACACGCGUUCAUACUCGUCUACUCCGUAACCUCGCGGCAGUCUUUGGAGGAGCUCCGACCCAUCUGGGAGGUAAUCAGAGAAACCAAGGGGCCGAACGAGCUACAAUCAAUUCCUGUGAUGCUUGUUGGAAACAAGUGUGAUGAAAAUGAAAACCGCGAGGUGGCAGCGUCCGAGGGAGAGGCUGAGUCAGCGCGAUGGGGCUGUCACUUCAUGGAGACCUCGGCUAAGACCAACCACAAUGUCAAGGAACUCUUCCAGGAGUUACUCAACCUCGAAAAGAAUAGAAAUAUAUCACUCCAACUUGAAAAGAAGUCACAACUAAAAGGCACCAAAAAAAUACGGGAAAAAUGCUCCAUUAUGUAAAAAAAGAAAAAGAAAACAACUAAUCCUAGCUUUAAUUAGAGUAAUUUAAAACUUAACAUUUACCUAACUAUAUUAUAGUGUAAGUUGACAGUGAGAAUCAGAGAAGUAAAUUAUAUCCAUAUUGAUAUUGAUAUUGACAGCAAGCAGUUAAAUGAAGUUCUAUUUAAUUCAUUCAGGAUGGAUUAAGAACCUGGAUACUAAAACAUGUAAAUGAAAUAUAAAUUAUAUCAAUUUUUCACUUUGUGAAUUAAAGAUAUAUUCUUGUUUCUUUUACAAUUACUACAGACAGUAGUCUUCAUGGUUCUACAAUGAUCUGAUUGCAGUUUUUUAAUCGAGUUACUUUGGGUAAUGAGACAACCUCCUCCUGACAAAAAGAAAGUUACAUUGAAAAAUACAACGUCAUAAAUUCACAAAUAAAUCUGAAUUACAUAAAAUAAAAAUUAUAAUCUUGAUAGCUAUGAUGGAAUACUGUGAAUAUUGUGUUUGAAUAUUGUAAGGUAUUAAUGUCAUAAACUAGUCUUACUAUCUCCAGUCAAGGCUCAAACUUUAAUAUACAUUCAAAAAUUUUGCACAAAUAACGUGUAUACUGUAAUUGGUUGAUGUGGUUAAGGUUUUUUUGUUUUUAUCCUGAUAUCCAAGCCUAAAAGUGAUUAGUGAAGCAGCUAUAGGGACUUUAAAAUGAAUAUAAUAACGUUUCCACAUCUUUUAGAUUAAAUAAAAGUUUUGUGAUAAUCUUUUUACUUCGAGCAGCUGAUUGUGACCAUGUUUAGAAGCUUUAAAUUCAUUUUUAAGAUUUGAAAGUAUUAAUUAAAGUGUUAUAAAGGCCAAUGUGGCAAAUAAAAUGUAACUAAAAUGUAUUUUUCUUGUGCUUAUACAUUUAUAAUAAUAAGGUAAAAUUAUCAUUUCACCCUUUGCACUCCUCAGUCCCUAAGAGGUGGACAUGGUGCUUUACCUGUUGCACUCUGUGAAUUCUCGGCGCAGCUGUGUCUGUACACUCCUCAGUCCACUUCUUAUGGCCCAAGGUCAUGUUCUCUACUACACUGAAUAUAGAUGGUGCCAGAUGUCUGUUCCACUCUGACAUGUUAUUCACAAUCACAACAGGUGAUUUUAAAGGGGCAUUUUAAAAGGACAAUUUUAAAUGAUCGUUUUAUGCUAAAGCGUUGCUUUCAUUUUUCUCUUAUUAAUUAUUUAAUAUAUUUUGCAUGGAUUUAAAAAUCAAAGUCUUAGAUGUAUUUCUUUAAAGGUAAAAAGCAAAAUUACUACAAGCAAAUCCACAGAUAUAAGUAGUUAAUUUUAAGGCAAAUUUUAAUGUUAUUUAUAAAAAGUACUAAAUAAUUAAAGAAUUGCCAAAAUGUUCAAACAAUUUUUAAGUCAGUAUUGGUUUGUAAUGCGUUGUUUCGACUUUUACCAACUUAGAACAUUUCAAACAUUCAGUGACAAUUAAUUCAGUUUGUCUCUUAUCAUUUUAAUAAAAUAACUAUCAAUUUUGCUUUAUAAAAUUUCUGCUCUACUUUCCAACAUAGCUAUGUAGAAAUGAAUUUUAAAAAUAAAAAUAAUCAAUCUGAAAAUGUAUAUCAUAUGGAGAUAUUGAUUUAAUGUAGAGAUUAGUUCACAAAACUAAAAUUAUUUCUGAAUUUCUCACGAUUUACUAAUGUAUAAUUUACUAAUAUUUAUUAUGUAUAGUGUAUAUAUAGGUGUUUAAAAAGUCUGGGUACGGCUUAAUAUUUUACAAACCAUAGCAGAUAACAUCUAUAAACUUUGCACAGUGUCAUAUGGCUAUGUAAACUAUUUUUCCUUGCUAUUACCAUGACAUGCCAACCAUGGGGGGACGACCCACAGAAGAAAACAUGGAAACCUUAAAUUAUUUAGAACUACGUCAUCAAACUGUGACAAAAUAUCUGAACGAAAAUAACAUACAAGCAAAAACAAGAAUCUCAUUGGUUGUCACAACAACGAUAACUCACUGGAAGGUAAUUGUUUGGGUUUGUUUAAAUAGUCAUGAGUCACCCAGCUGAUAAUUGCCAGCUGAGUUUCAGCGGGCAAUCAUCUUACAAAACAGACUUCAAAAAUAUUAUUUCAUAUUUAUUACUGCUGUUUUACAUUAAAUAAGUGGCAUAAAAAUUAAUAAAACUAUUUAAAAAAUAUUUUAUUCAUCUAUUAUAGUCUAGUCAUCAAUAGAAAGGGAAUUUUAUUUUGUAUUUUAAGAAACAGAUAAAUAACAUUUCCCCCCAAAAAUUGUAUAAUCUUGUUGAUUAUAUAGUUUAGAAUCAGCCAAGAUAUGGCAGAACAUUAUAUAUAUAUAUAUAACAGAAUUAUUUACAAAAAAUGUAAUAUAGUUAAAUGUCACUGUCCAUAAGAGGUGGCCAGAGGAGUGCAAAUCACAAGUACUGUCAUGCGGACGGGGAGUGCAAAGGAUUAAAAUUAGUAUGGAAUUUACCAUAGAGGUUUAGGAGGAAAUGUAAAAAAAAAUUAUUUACUUGUCUAAUGAAUAGUAUAAGUCCAGUUCACAUCCAUGUAGACUCAAUUUUGACAAAAAAUCAAACUUUGGAAAUCCCAAAAAGAAAAAGAAGAAACUAAAUUACAUGUAGGGCAUGAAACUUUCUUAAAGGAGCAUCUUAACUUUCAUACUAGAGAACUAUUUCAAUUACAAUUUUGUUAUUAUUUGUUAAAGUUGGUUUACAAUUAGUUAUUGCUUAUAUGGUGUUAAAUUUACCUCUCUGAUUAGACAAAAAGAAAGAGUUGUUGAGUAAUUAGAUCUAUUGUUAUUUAUACAAUAUAGCGUUUACAAGCUGCAUUAUUGUAACUUUUUUCCGCCUGUUUUAUGUCAUGUUUUGUACAGUUAGCUGAGGUUUUAAAUUGUUAGUGUUUGUAAAUAUGUAAUAAAAGUGGUAUUAGAUAUUUAUUGAUUGAUAAUUGAUUAUUGUAUCUGUUAGAUAUUAUGUAUAUAUCGAAAAUGUUGUUUUGCAUUUUAAGUGUGAACCCAUUGUAUAGAAAUUUGCCUGUUUUGCUAUUUUAUUCUAGGCAACUUUUAUAAAAUAACAUUUUUGCUUAUAUUUGACUUUAUUAUUCCAAGAUCUGUAUUCCAAGUUAAUGUUAAAUGCACUUAGUGUUUGAGACAAUAUAAAAUAGUACCUCUUAUUACAAAUAUUACAUAUUAAAAGUAUUCAUCGUAGUAAUAGAUUUGAAAAAUUUGAGGGAUCCAGUGAUAUCAGUUUAUCUAAAUUAAUCAAUUGGAUAAAAUUUUGAAUUCUCUUGUUCAUUUAUAGUGUACUAAAUUAUGUUUUUAUUUAAGAGAGGUUUUCAAUAUCCAAAUAUUGCAAUGUAUUGUACUUAGAAAGUUAAUUUGGUUUUUUCUUUUAAAUUUGACAGUUUAUAUCUGAAAAAAUUCAAUACAGUUACAAAAUCAUAAUUAUACCUACUCCUUGAGUCCACAGGCAUGAAUGAGGAUAUUAGGUUUCAAGAUACAGCAAACUGGAGUGUAAAAGCUCCUUAAUCUAAUAUUUUACUGCUAAAAUUUCACAUACAUUUUGAAGAUUAAAAAAAAUUGUAAUCACUCAUGUUUCUAAAACAUUUUCAAAUAAAGAUGUGCUGGUCCAAAUGAAGUUACUUACUUUAAAAAGUAUUGCAUUUUGAACACUUAAAUGUUAAAAUCCUACUUUCUAACAUAAUUGGUAUCAGCAAAAAGCGGAGAAAAAUAGUAACUUAUCUUAUCUGAUUGGAAUGCCCUGGAGGUGUAAGAACUGUAUGAUAAUAUUUAAUUGAGUAAUACUGAGCUGCAACUCUAAGCUUGUAAGACUGUAAUUAUGUUGUCUAUACUGAUUAAAAGAAUUAUUUUGUAGAAAAGCUUGUGGCUCUUUCUCUGUAGUUUAUGGAACUGUCAAAACAAAUUUUUAACUGUUAAUUAGAAAAUUAAUAGCCAAUUAAUAAAUAAAAUGUUUCCUCAUUGAAAAUCUAGCACCAAUGUAAAAAUUUCUUUCAGAUUGUUUAAAUAUAGUGUACUCUUACACAGAGGAUAUGACAGUGUAUUGUGUUAUACCAAAAGUAAAAAAACCUAUAUGAAAUGAAUUGUUUAUCACAAAUAGUGGCUGUUAUUUAUUAACAUCUUCACUGCGGUUCUAUCAUUCGUACUCUCUAUCUGAUUACUGUGCCAUAAGACGUCUGUCGCAGUCAACAUGGUAAAAGAUUAUAUCAUAAGUAAUGAAUAAUAUAACCAGAAACAACUGUUUAAGAGAUUCCUAAAUUUUUAUAAGUGACCCAGUUUGAGCAAGUGUUGUUUUUUCUGUAAUUAAAAAAAUUAAGGACAUUAAAUUCUUGGUAAUUAUAUAGUUUAAGGACACCCAAUAUUUGUUCUAAUAAUUGUUCUGAACUCCUCUUAUAUCUAAUGCAUACUAAUGUAGAAAGGGAACAUUUAGGGUGAGGAAACAUGAAAUAAGCAAGUUAUGACAGAAAAUAAAGAACCUUGGGUGGACAGGUUGGUCUUGGGUAGGACGGUCAGCCGUGGGGUAAGUCUGACAGCAGGUUAUGUGAGUUUCUAUUAAUAUAUUUUUCUGUGGUGGCAGUCCUUUCAUGUUGGUCACCCUGAUAUCCGUGGACUUCCCCUAUCUUGUAUCACCCACCGAGAACCCUAUUCCCAUUUUUUUUAUUUUAAGUAGUAUUCGGUCAAAUUUGGCUUGUUAUUAUUAAUAAUUUGUCAGUAGUUAAUUCCUAACUAAAAUUCAUAAUUCGUGGUUAUAAUGACAGUUUACGUAGUCAGGUAUAUUUUUAAGAUGGUUUUAGAUUGUUUGUUUAGGUGUCUUUAAACUCUAUACUUACCAAGUUCUUUGUUACAAGUGUGAACUAUUUCUGUAAAGUAGUUCUGAAAGUGUUGGCUGUAUUUAUUCAGUUGCAUCAAAACCAAUAUAAUUUUUCUCUGAUCAAAACAAUUAAAUAAAAGUUUUCAAAUUAUCUUCUUAAUACGCUCGGUUUAUUUUGGUUAAAUUUUCAAAUAUUUAGAUUGAAUACCACAGGUAUUAUAUUAUUCCUUAAAUCUUAAAACCUUAAAUUAAAGUGGUGUACUCAGAUUUUUAAAAAGUAAUUUCUAAAUUAUUUCGGGCAAAUGUGCCAAUCUGGAGUUUUACAGCUGAUAAACAAUAGAGCAAUGCCAUAAAAGUGUAUGAUUGUGAGUUAUGUCAAAUAUAAAUUAAUCAAUCAGUUCAUGUUAGAUUACUAAAGCUUGGUAAAAUUAUUUCCAAUAUAUUUUUUCUCUUCUAUCAUGAUUGUUGUGUGAUCUUUUGUGAGGUAGAACGGAUUGUAACACUCUUAACCCUCCUGGACUACACUCCUGCUUUUGUACUUUAAAAUAACUCUUCCAUUAAAACACUCAAUAGAAUAGGAUAAGU